CAAGUGGAAACAUGUCGGGAAGGAGAGAGCCGAGUGGAGGAACUGUGUACAUGAAUUGCACACCUGAGACAUAAUAAACUGUAACGUGAGUCGGUCAGUUAGCAACUGCCAGGGCUACGUUAACGUUAUUAUUUCACGGAAGCUGGUCAGUCGGGAUCGAAUGGACGGAUAAAGAGACAAACGAGGCUCGAUCCGAAGAAGUAGCCUAGCAGCAGGCAGGCGACCGGGGGCCGAGAAGAGAAGGACACCGUGUGCGUACUCAAGACAAGACGGGAUUGCGCCUUGCUAGGGGAUGUUAUCUGUACUGUCUUAUGGCAGACUGGUAGCCAGGGCUGUCCUGGGCGGACUCUCUCAGACGGACGGUCGGGACUACAGCCUGAUCAGCGCCAGUUAUGGGUUCGGUAAAGACUUUCGCAAGGGGAUCCUGAAGAAAGGCAUGUGCUACGGAGACGACGCCUGCUUCAUUGCGCGGCACAGGACUGCCGAUGUUUUGGGUGUUGCAGAUGGCGUAGGUGGUUGGCGUGACUAUGGCGUUGACCCAUCUCAGUUCUCCGCCACGUUAAUGAGAACCUGUGAGCGACUGGUGAAGGAGGGACGCUUCACUCCCAGUAAUCCAGUGGGUAUUCUGACCUCUGGCUAUUAUGAGCUUCUACAGAACAAAGUUCCCCUGCUAGGGAGCAGCACAGCCUGUAUUGUGGUACUGGACCGACGGAGUCACCAACUACACACGUGUAACCUCGGUGACUCCGGAUUCCUGGUGGUUCGGGGAGGAGAGGUGGUCCAUCGCUCAGACGAGCAACAGCACUAUUUCAACACACCCUUCCAGCUGUCCAUCGCUCCUCCAGGAGCUGAAGGGGUAGUGCUCAGUGACAGUCCUGAAGCAGCUGACAGCUCCUCCUUUGACGUGCAGCUCGGUGACAUCAUCCUGACGGCAAGUGACGGCCUCUUUGACAACAUGCCGGACUACAUGAUUCUUCAGGAGCUCAAAAAACUUAAGACAACAAACUAUGACAGCGUCCUGCAGACUGCACAGAGUAUUGCAAAGCAAGCUCACGACCUUGCCUACGACCCCAACUAUAUGUCCCCUUUUGCACAGUUUGCCUGUGACAAUGGCCUGAAUGUAAGAGGGGGGAAGCCAGAUGAUAUCACGGUGCUGCUGUCCAUUGUGGCUGAAUAUACAGACUAAAAGUGUGUGUGUGUAAGAGUGUUUGUGUGUGUGCGCUUUUCUGGCGCUGGUCCUUCCUUCCCGUCUGCCUGAGUCUUCCACCUGCAGUCCUCCCAAAAUGCACUGCAUCCUGUGGGCUGACAGGGGAGGCCCAACAACACGAUGCACACUCCUCGCUGCAGGGGCCGACGUCCAGACGUGUACAUUUUGUUUUUUUUUCUUCCAAUGUUUUGUUUUGGUGCUUAAACGGUUGAGGGGAAGCAGGCAGCUAGGACAUUUUCAUGUUGAUCAUGAUGCAGGAGGAGCUGAGUGCGACGGGGCUGAGGGAUGCCUUCUAGUCUCCCAUGUCUCAUUGAGUGUCAUCAACACUUCUUGGGUGAUGUGACUAAGAGACAGUGCAGGACGGUUUGCAUUGACUGAGGGCUUUAAAACCUGGUGGCCCUCGUACAAAAAAAGUGAUAUUUAAGCCAUGGUUCGGGAUUCUUCAGAGAGUAGUGACAGAGUUGACUAUUGAAUCCAGCUUUCUGUCUCUGUUGUUGCAGUUGUUAAUCUGUUUCUUGUUGUGUUUUGAACAAAGCAUAUAGACGGAGUGAGGAAAAUGAUGUUGGGAAUUGAUGGGCGUUUAAAGAGUGAGAUUUAAAAGGGUUUUUGGGUUUGGGAAUGUGAACAAUGGGAAAGCGAACUAGUAAUUGCUCACAUCAAAUAAAUCUGUAAAGGGAAACUAUAACACUGAGUUAGAGCUCGCAUGUGAAGAUUGAUCAGUUUUUGUCACUUGGCUGGGAGAUCCGUCAGAGCUAACAUCCUGAUGGGUUGUAAAUAUUUGUGUAUUUAGGGCUGUAUUCUGGCCAUUCAGUUGUCUUCGCUUUGGUCAUUAAAGCAAAAUGAAUAAAAAAGCUAUUUCUUUACUUUUGUGGAAGAUGUACACAUGCAAUCAUAAAUAUCUUUUCUUGUAUAGAUGUUGAUUUUGAAGUGAGCUUUAGCAAUCCCACACUUCCACUUGCGGAAAUGAACAAGAAGACAUUAGCUGAAAUAAUUCACUGCAGCAGUUGUGUGGAAGGAAGGAUGUUAAGUGUGUGUGUGUGUAGAAGGGGGUAUAUGUGAGAAGUUGUUAUUGAAAUGUGUGUAUUUAAUGUUUAUAUCUGUUAUUGCUGAACUAAAGCAAGCAUCUGGGAAUGCUUUCAGUUGCAAUUAUGGGUCAGGUGUGAAUUUAAAGUAAAAGAUGUAUUUUUUAAUGUUAUUUCAUUUUAAAAAGUAAGAGUUUGAAUUGUUGAAGUAUGUGUUGGAAUAUGUGUGAUGGAUGACAAAGAUCUAGCCACCUUAACAAGAAUCGUGUGUGAGAGAGAAUUUUGUUUUUAUUUCUCAGAUCCUUAUUUCCUUUGACAUUUGUUUGCUCGUUUUUAAUUCAGGUGUCUGUGUAUGACUUGACAUGAUCUAUAUGAACAUGGUCACCGUGCUUGUAAUGAGUGUGUGUGUGUGUGUGUGUGUGUGUGUGUGUGUAUAAACUUGUGCUGUAUCAAAUUAGAUUAAUCAGAGACACUAAUAAUACUGUUCUCUCCCAUAGUUGAACAGCUCACUGAAGUGGUUUGGACAACAUCUUUACAGUUUAAAAGCAGGUGCACCAAAUACACAUUUUCUUUGUGUAUGUCUUUAAGCUUUGUUCUUACAAACAUCAUACAGCAAUACUGUAAAUUCCUUGUGCUCUGAAUCGUGUGUGAUGGCCAGACGUGUGUGUGGAAAUGUUCAGAGGGACAUUAAAAUGUCUUUUCUAUGCCUGAAGAA